AGCUCAAAGUGGUUCCUGCUGCCUUCAGCGGGCUAUCCGCCCACACUGGUAUUUUGGUCAGUGUUACAGAGCCGCUGAGCUAUCUGGCCCAGGCAAAAGCCUCUGGCCUGCCCUGCCCCCAAGAGCUAGCUCUCUAUAAAAGGGCUGAGCCACUCAGCUCCUCUCACUGGGGGUGUGAAGAGCAGGGGGGACCAUGGAUGUCAUCAGCAUCCAGCAGUUGGUAUGUGGAGAAAGAAUUGAAAGAAAAGCUUUGGGAUGUGGACAUGGCGUUGCUGAUCAUGGAGACGGGUGCAGAGCCUGGAGGCUGGGAGCCCAAGAGGCUGUGGUCCAGGAGCAGAGGAAACUCAAAGAAGAGAAGAAGAAACUUGAGAGACUGAACAACUCCAGACUGAACCUGGAGACCCUGGCUGAUUUGAAAAACUUGGUUCAAAGACGAAGAGAAAAGCGACUGAAACGAAGAGUCCCCCCUAGGGCACCUGACCCCAUGGUUAAGCUGCAGCCCCAGGCCCAGGUGGAGUCUGUGGACCUGGAGAUGUUCCUGACGGCGGCUGCUGAGAACCAGGAGGCCCUGAUUGACAAGUACCUGACAGACGGAGGGGACCCCAAUGCCCAUGACAAGCUGCACCGCACAGCCUUGCACUGGGCCUGUCUGAAGGGCCACAGCCAGCUCGUGAACAAGCUGUUGGAGGCAGGUGCCGCUGUGGACGCUCGUGACUUGCUGGACAGGACACCUGUGUUCUGGGCCUGCCGUGGAGGACACCUGGACAUCCUCAAACAGCUGCUUAACCAAGGAGCCCAGGUCAAUGCCCAGGACAAGAUCUGGAGCACACCCCUGCAUGUGGCCGUGCGCACAAAACACUGUGACUGCCUGGAGCAUCUCAUUGCGUGUGGAGCCCACAUUAAUGCACAGGACAAGGAAGGGGACACAGCUCUACACGAGGCCGUGCGGCAUGGUCACUACAAAGCCAUGAAGGUGCUGCUGCUCUACGGAGCCAAGCUGGGCGUGCAGAAUGUGGCUUCAGUGACCCCGGUGCAGCUAGCACGAGACUGGCAGCGGGGCAUCCGGGAAGCACUGCAGGCCCACAUUGGGCAUCCCCGCACCCGGUACUAGUGACAGCAGACCUACAGGGUCACUUCACAGCCACCAUUCCAUCCUCAUGCCCUCACUCAUCCACACCCCUCUGUGGAUCUCACCUCAGUCCUCUGUCCUGGGACUGCUUCCUGAGGCCAGCAGGUGAAUAAAGCAGGCCCGAGUCAGGGAUGACUUGUUCCUUGCCAGGGCACAAGCUAAGAAGGGCUGACGCAGAGGACCACAGGGAAGCAGGGAACAAAGUGGGUCCAGGUGAGGAACAGUGUAGGGAGGGUGGGAAUCCAGGAUGGAGCGAAAAUGGAAGUCCUAAACCUUGAGCUGCCCGGGGUCAGGUACUAGAUGUCCUUGGUAUCCCCUGAUCCUCAGUCUGGGAGACUGUGCCCCUCUCUCCACAAGGGUGGGGAUUCAGCACUUGGCUAGUAGCUGCCCUGGGGCAGGGGUUUCUCUGGGGACUCCAUUCCUAUCAGCAGCAACCCUGAUAGUGUGGAGCAGCUCUAGACAACUUUGGCCUUAGGGAUUCUGGAGUUGGGUCGGGCCAUCUGGAGGGGAUGCUCAGUAGGUUUGAGCCCCCACUGCAGCAGAAGCCCAGCACCAACCUGGUUGCCUCAGAAGCCCUAAGACUGAGGAGCUAGAGCAGAUGUUUGUUUAUUUUAGGGAAACUGUGCCUACUGCCUCAGGGCUUUGGUCAGCUUGCUGCUCUCUAGUUGGCCAGCUGGUGGCGCUCCUUGUAAGGGUGAAGUGCCUGGGAGCUGGGGAUUGCUUGUGGCCCACCCAACUUGUGGGGUGGUGGCCCGUAACCCUAUUUUGCCCCAGGCAACAACACCCUGGCACUAGAGGUUGAGCUCUUGCCUGGACCGCGCAGCUGCACCUGCUCUUUCUCCCGUAGCCGAGGCAGGACACCGAGGAGCUGGCGACUCGGCCCUGGAGGGGAAGCAGGAGUGAGGAGCACACCUGCUGCUUUCCCUCCUCUGCUAAGUGGUGGCAGAUUUAGGACCCAGCUUCCCAUAAGCUCUCCUGAAGGCCCCUUCCUUUCACUACCUUUUCCGUUCCAUGGCGCAGACCCGUACUGCUGGCAGGGCUGGGCCCUGAACUGGCAGACUGAAUUUUAAGGAACUCUGCCCUAAAUGGAGAACUACAGGUUGGGGGCCCGGCUUUAAGAUGAAGCACCAGCCUCCCUCACAUACAUAAGGUACCUGGAUUGACAUCCAUUUGGCAGCAGUUCUUUCUAGUCUAACAUUGGCGGUCUUCUCAGGCCAAGCUCAAGGCUAUUCUUACAAUGUGAAAAAGCGACUAGAGCUCCCACCAGGGGGCACACACCUUCCCUUCUCACAGACAGCUCCUGCCCUGCCGUGAACUGUAAGGACAGUUCACCCAGAUGCUGGAGCCACAUGAGAAACAGGUAUUCAAGUUCAUGGAGAUGACUCCCCAUCUAGAAAAUGGGGACCCUUAACGUGACAGACAAAACACCCAUUUUAUACGCAUCAGUAUUUUUUGUUCAUUAAAACUGGUUGACUAUCACAGCCUACAUGUCUGUUCUGGGCUGGGAGGGGCCUGUUCAUUAGGCCCAGGGCCAUGUCUUCCCCAGCAGCAAAGCUCAAGCCUGUUAACCAUACUGGCCUGGCAGCAAGAUGGGCUCCCAAGUGCAGAGUGGGGAGUCCAGGCACUUGGUUUUUGUGCUCAGCUCCGAGAGCACUGAUUCUCAGCCUUGGCUGCUUAGCCGACAAUCAUGAGGGAAGGUUUUAAAAGUCCUGAUACCCAGGGGGUUCCUAGGUGGCUCAGUCAGUUAAGCUUCUGACUCCUGAUUUUGGCUCAGGUCAUAGUCCUGCUUAAGAUCCUAUCCCUUUGCUCCUUCCUACCCCACUUUUUUUUUUUUUUCCUUUGAGGAAAAAGUCCUGAUGCCCAAGCUAAUUAAAUCAGCAUCUCUUGGGUAGCAUCUCUGGGGUAGGACCCAAGUAUCACCAUGAUCGUGCAAAUGACAUGCCUAUGUAGGAAAUCCUCAAGGAUCUAGGAGUUCAAGAUCUCCAAAUAUAAAACAAGCCUACAAAGGCCUAUUUGUGUGCAUUAGCAAUGACUACAUGGACAUGAAAGUUAAAAAACACAUUACCUCUCAAAAUUGCCCUUAAAAACAAAAUAGAUUGGUGUACAUCUAACAAUACAUUUAAGGACUUUUAUGUUGAAAACUGCAACACACUGAUGAACAAAAUUAAAGAAGAGUUAAAAUAAA